AUGAACAAACAGAAACGCAAAUCUACGGCAAGUGUUUCCACUACAAACGGAAACAAUUCCGACGGAUCGGACUACGAGGUGGAAUGGCAAGUGAAGCCUACGCCGCCAAAGGUUACCAAGGCAGAAUUGUUUCCGUUGCCGGCACAGGUUGAAAAGAAGCUACAGAAGUCCGCACGCGGCUCACGGAAGGUGUCCUCGUCGGAAGAAGAUAGCGAUGCAGAACCUGGGGAACGUUUGCCGACGCUAACGACCGCACAGAUUGGUGCCAUUCUGGAGACGAUAAAGAACAACAAACGUCUGGUGUUGAUUGUAAAGAACGUAAACUUCUCAACCGCCAAGGAAGAAAUUGCAGAGCACUUUGAUCAAGCCGGUCGAGUGAAAAGUGUACGCGUGCCGAAACAUCGCUCUUCUGGGUUUGCGUUUGUGGAAAUGGAAAAUGCCGACGGGUUUCAGAAAGCAUUCCUGCUCGAUGGUUCUUAUCUCGAUGGACGAAAAAUCAACGUGGACCUGUCGGAAAGUGGUAGCAAAAAGUCGGCCACCCGUAUACAGCUACUCGAGAAGAAAAAUGAUGAAAUACGGAAGCUCCGUAAGAAGAACAAAAAUAAUGUUAACGCCACAGAUAUAACGCUGGUACCGGAUGCGGCCGUGCUGCAAAAGAAGGUGCCUCCACCGGACCGAUACCUCGACAAACCGAAACCGAAAAAACCUACCAAUAAGGAGGUGAAGAAACUUAAGCAAAAAGCAUCCCUACGGGCCAAGUUUAAGAAUUUAGAGAAGAAGGGAAUAAAGGCGUGA